GGGAGGUCAAAGGUUACUAACAAAAUGGCUGCACACACUCGAGCUCCCACCACAGUGCUGUCAGCAGCCAGAUAGUGAGGACAUAUUUGGAUGUUUUGAUCCCCGGCGACCGCAGCAAUCAUUAUACGGAACUAUUCUCUCUCCAUACAACACCGACUGCUGGCCAUGGCCGACUUAUAUUUAUGGAUAAGUCCACUGCGGCUGUAUUAAAAACACUGUACAGCAAUCUGCGGGGAUACAGACCGAAUACAGAGAGCCACGGUAGGAUAGUCAGCCCAACACUGCUGUAGGGAAGAAGGAAACAUCACGGGCAUGUUGGAACUUCAGUCAAGACACAACUGCAAGACACGAAGAUGAACAGGAAGAAAGAUAAAGGAUUUGAGAGCCCGCGCCCCUUUAAAUUGACCCACCAGGUGGUGUGCAUCAACAACAUCAACUUCCAGAGGAAGUCCGUCAUUGGCUAUGUCGAGCUGACCAUUUUCCCCACAGUGGUCAACCUGAACAGGAUCAAGCUUAACAGUAAACAGUGCCGCAUAUACAGGGUCCGUGUCAAUGAACUGGAAGCCCCAUUCAUUUACAAUGACCCGACACUGGAGGUGUGCCACCAUGAGUCAAAGCAGAGGAACCUCAACUAUUUCUCCAGUGCGUACACCGCAGCAGUGAGUGCUGUGGACCCUGAUGCAGGACACGGGGAGCUGGUCAUCAAAGUUCCCCCUGAACUCUGGAAACAAGGAGAUGAUUUAAAAGUUUUGAAGGUGUACAUAGAGUUUUCCCUGGACCAGCCGAAGGGAGGUCUCCACUUUGUUGUUCCUGAUGUGGAAGGCAGCAUGGCGGAGCGAGGAGCUCAUGUGUUCUCCUUUGGAUACCAGAACUCCACCAGGUUCUGGUUCCCCUGCGUCGACUCCUACUCGGAGCUGUGCACGUGGAAGCUGGAGUUCACUGUGGAUGCUUCCAUGGUUGCCGUGUCCUGUGGCGAUCUGGUGGAGACUAUCUACACCCAUGACAUGAGAAAGAAGACUUACCACUAUGUCCUCCCCAUCCCCACCGCGGCCCCCAACAUCUCCCUGGCUGUGGGGCCCUUUGAAAUCCUUGUAGACCCCUACAUGCAUGAGGUGACCCAUUUCUGCCUGCCACAGCUGCUGCCACUGCUCAAACACUCCAUGUCCUACCUACAUGAGAUUUUUGAGUUCUACGAGGAGAUUCUGACAUGCCGCUACCCUUAUUCCUGCUUCAAGACUGUGUUUGUGGACGAGGCCUAUGUACAGCUGUCUUCCUAUGCUUCCAUGAGUAUUUUCAGUACCAACCUGCUCCACAGCGCCACGAUCAUCGACCAGACGCCGCUGACACGGCGCUGCCUGGCCCAGGCCUUGGCUCAGCAGUUCUUUGGCUGUUUCAUUUCCAGGAUGUCAUGGGCUGAUGAGUGGGUGUUGAAGGGAAUCUCAGGCUACAUCUACGGCCUCUACCUAAAGAAGACCUUUGGAGUCAAUGAGUACCGGCACUGGAUCAAAGAGGAGUUGGAUAAGAUUGUGGAAUAUGAACUAAAGAUGGGAGGGGUUCUGUUGCACCCAACCUUCAUCGGAGGCAAAGAGAAGGACAAUCCAACUCCCCACCUUCACUUCUCCAUCAAGCACCCCCACACCUUGUCCUGGGAGUACUUCAAGAUGUUCCAGUGUAAGGCCCAUCUGGUGAUGAGGCUGAUAGAAAACCGGAUCAGCAUGGAGUUCAUGUUGCAGGUUUUCAACAAGCUUCUGAGCCUGGCUAGCACAGCCUCAUCCCAGAAGUACCAGAGUCACAUGUGGAGCCAGAUGCUUCUGUCUACUCACGCCUUUCUCAAAUCCAUCUCCAACGUCUCGGGCAAAGACAUAGGCCCCCUCAUCAAACAAUGGGUAGACCAAAGUUCUGUGGUGAAGUUCUUUGGCAGUUUUGCCUUUAACAGGAAGAGGAACGUUCUCGAGCUGGAGAUCCGUCAGGACUACACUUCAUCUGGAACUCAGAAAUAUGUGGGUCCAAUCAAAGUGACUGUGCAGGAGCUCGAUGGAUCCUUCAACCACACGCUGCAGAUCGAGGAGAACAGCCUCAAACAUGACAUCCCCUGUCAUUCCAAGAGCAGACGAAACAAGAAAAAGAAGAUCCCUCUGAUGAAUGGAGAAGAAGUUGACAUGGAUUUAUCGGCCAUGGAUGCUGACUCUCCUCUCCUCUGGAUCCGGAUUGAUCCAGACAUGUCCAUUCUGAGGAAGGUGGAGUUUGAGCAGGCGGACUUCAUGUGGCAGUAUCAGCUGCGCUAUGAGAGGGAUGUCGUUGCACAGGAGGAGGCCAUCUCAGCAUUGGAGAAGUUCCCAACUCCUGCCUCCAGACUGGCUCUGACCGACAUCCUAGAGCAAGAACAGUGUUUCUACAAAGUCCGCAUGCAGGCCUGCUUCUGUUUGGCCAAGAUAGCCAACUCAAUGGUGAGCACGUGGCAGGGCCCGCCGGCUAUGAAGUCCCUGUUCACCCGAAUGUUCUGCUGUAAGAGCUGCCCCAACAUCGUCAAGACCAACAACUUCAUCAGUUUCCAGAGUUACUUCCUGCAGAAGACGAUGCCCGUUGCCAUGGCGCUACUUAGAGAUGUCCAGAACCUCUGUCCAAAAGAUGUCCUCAACUUCAUCCUUGACCUCAUCAAGUACAACGACAACAGAAAAAAUAAAUUUUCAGAUAACUACUACCGUGCCGAUCUGAUUGAAGCACUGACCAACUCUCUGACCCCCGCCAUCAGCAUCAGCAACGAGGUGCGCACAGUGGACAACUUGAACGCUGACGUCCGUCUCAUUUUGGAGGAGAUCACACGCUUUCUCAACAUGGAGAAACUGCUGCCGAGCUUCAGAAACACCAUCACUGUCCGUUGUCUGAGUGCGAUCCGUCAGCUUCAGAGGAACGGCCAUAUUCCCAGUGACGCGUCACUCUUCAAGUCCUACGCCGAGUACGGACACUUUGUGGACGUGCGCGUCGCUGCACUGGAGGCUCUGGUGGACUACACUAGAGUUGAAAGAAGCUCAGUGGAGCUGCAGUGGCUGCUCAACAUGGUCCAGAAUGAUCCAGCUCAUUAUGUCAGACAUAAGAUCCUGGGUAUGCUCAGUAAGAAUCCACCUUUCACCAAGACAACAGACUCAGCUCUGUGUAACGAAGCUCUGGUCGACCAGCUCUGGAAACUAAUGAACUCAGGUACCUCCCAUGACUGGCGGCUGCGCUGUGAUGCCGUGAACCUCUACUACACUUUGUUCGGUUUGACUCGACCCUCCUGCCUUCCGCUGCCAGAACUGGGCCUCGUGCUCAACCUGAAGGAGAAAAAAGCUGUCCUGAACCCCACCAUCAAGCCUGAGCUGGAGGUCGGCCCCGUUGUAGACACCCCUGCAAGUAUCGGCAUCCAUGGCGUGGGCAUGUGCUACGCGGCUGUGGAUGAGGAGCCAGAUCCUAUUUCAUUAGGGGUGUGUGGGGUGGGCCAGCCCCCUCAGGGCCUGAAGAGGAAGGCUGAGACCCCGCUGGGCUCCCCCCCAGAGCCAGGACAGGUGCUGCAACAACAGGACGAUGAUGCAAGAGGAGGCCACUUCAAGAUCCGGUUCAACACAAUGGAAGAGGAAGACAUUGAUAUGGAGACGGUUCAUGAUAGUCAGGCUUUCAUUCACCAACAUCUCCAUCUGUUAGAGAGACCCUCUACACCAGGUAAAGAGCCGCCGUCAGUGGAACAGUCCAUGCUCUCCAUGCCGGCCACACCCGUGCCGGCCUUCUCCAAAGAGACGUCCUCUUUGUCCUCCAAACAUGGCGGGGAACACGGCCACCACCAUCACCACCACCACCACGAGCACAAGAAGAAGAAGAAGAAGCACAAACACAAGCACAAGCAUAAGCACAAACACGAAAGCAAGGACAAGGAGAAGGACAGAGAGAGGGACAACUCGCACGCCUACAGCAACAGCCCGGCCAGCGGCAGGUCCCUGCGCUCGCCCUCUCUGUCCGACUAAACAUCCAACUGCUAUUGGGUCAGUUAGAGUUAACUGGAUACAUAAAUGGAUAGCAAAACAUGUUUGGAUUAACUAAAAUAUCAAGGUUUUCCCCAGAAAAGUUGUUUUAGCCCGGUGGCAAGUGUCUUUUUUUUGAGGAGAGCCCGGCUGGGGCCAGUCACAGACUGAUGGCAGCAUGAAUGUUUCUGUGAUACCAGAAUCAUUGACGAAAUUGCAAAAUUGAGAAUUUAAAAAAGCUUCACUAUAAGACAGAUUCCAUAGGGCCGUACAUUAAGUCAGUGCUAAAAGCUAACUGGAGAUUUGAAAAUAUGACUACAUAAUAGUUCCCACCGAGCUGCCCCACUGUAACUGUAGUUUAAUAAACGUCUCAAAAAUACCUUAAAACAAAAACCCCUGUGGCUCAGGCCUGGUGGGGGGCAAUUCAGGCCCGGUGGGCCACCAGGCUUGUAAUACCCUGGGGGAAACCCUAAAUAUUCAUUACUCAGUGGUAUUAUCCUUAGAGCUGCAAAGAUUCCUUGAUUAGUUGUCAACUAUUAGAUUAGUCUCCAACUAUUUUUUUGGGGCGUUUUCUGCCUUUUAUUUUUACAGGACAGCUGAAGACAUGAAAGGGG